GGAGUUUCGCGUCUUCAUCGUAUGAGGUCUCCAAAGUCGAUUCGAAGACAGCGCGUUUUAUCAGUCUGUGAAUUACUGUUUUGCAGUGAAUAUUUACAGUGAUAUUAGAUACAAAAAUUAGAAGUAUGGCCGGUUUGAGCUUAAUAAAAAUGUAUUCUUCCGAUACGGAUGAAGAUGAGCAAGACGAAGGGAAGAAGGAGGAUACCGCAAAAAUUAUUAACAAGCUGGCUUUACCUGAAAGCAUUUUAUCGUGGAAAGGAGUUGCGCAUCAUGAAGAAGUAAUCGACGAUCCGUUGGAUCAUGACGGACGAAUCCGAAGUUUCAAACACGAGCGCGGUAACUGGGCCACACUGGUUUAUAUAAACUAUGCAGCCAGCGAUGGUCUUCUUGCUUGGAUGAAUUCGGUAUUGAAAGAACUGCCGGUCAAAGGCGAUGUUAUUUCUGAACUUCAUAUUAGUCUUAGUCGUACUUUGAUUCUAAAGUUCCAUUGGAUUGAAUCAUUUGCAGAGAACCUGAAGCUAUUGUGUUGUAGAUUCAAUCGAUUUGUUUUACAACUUACCGAUGUGAGAGUAUAUUGCAAUGAAGAAAAAACUCGCACAUUCCUUGGAAUUUAUUGCCAGAAUGAUGAUGGAAUUUUGAAGUGUUUGAUAAAGGCUCUUGAUGAUUUGUUAGCUGAGUAUCAGUUACCAUUGUAUUAUGAGGAUACUUCAUACCAUAUUAGUUUCUUCUGGUGCCUUGGAGAUCAACAAACACGCCUAAGGAAAAUUCUGCCAUCUCUUACUAGUAGUUUAAAUGAAUUUCUGGCAGAAAAUAUAGAGGACAAUUACAGAAAAGUUAAUGAAAUACAAUGCAAAAUUGGUAAUAAAUGUUAUGCUUUUGAACUAAGAUAAAUUUCCGUAAGUUUUAUUUAGUUAUGUCUAAUAUAUUUUAAUUUUAUUAAAUAAAAUUUGUCUUAGAAAGUCAUAAACUAUCUAUUACGACAAUAAUUUAA